UCCGAUCUCCCAGGAUCAACCUACUUUCUGUUUUGUAUAAAUUGUAUUGUAACGGUUCACUCUUUCUCUUUUUCCUGCUGUUCUGUGCGAGCGAAUGGGAGAGCCGUAUUUACGUGUACCAGAUAUUCUCACUCUGAAUAAACUGUCGCUUGUCGUACACAUUUGACCACCUGAAUCUGAAUCGAUCCUUAACCGGCUCACCCUUCUACAUAUCCUUUUAUCAACAAAGUUUUGUUCUUUAGAAACGAUUUAACUCGAGCCACAAAACGAAGGAAAUGACAACAUUGUACCGGAACCCCUCUUCAUCCCGGUGUCAGUUCAGCCUACCUUAGACCGGGGCCGUUAAACCUCGACAAGACGUAAUGAGAGGCUUUCGAGGAGCUGCUUCACUCACGUCGCUGUUGAUCUACGUCCCUCCGGUCCAGAUGACUUAUAUCUUUGUCUAUGGGACUCUGAAGAAGGGUCAGCCCAACUACUUCCGGAUGCUGCCGGACCAGGGGAACGGGAAGGCAGAGCUCUGUGGUCACGCCCGCACCGUAGAUGGCUACCCGCUGGUGAUCGCUGGGAAGUACAACAUCCCGUACCUGCUGAACCGUCCCGGGGAGGGCCACAGGAUCCAGGGGGAGGUGUACCGGGUGGAUGACACCAUGCUGAGCUUCCUAGACGCCUUCGAGAGCUGCCCCACCAUGUACCAACGCACCUCCGUUCAGAUAGAGUUGGAGGACUGGAAGGUGGAGGGGAGAGAGAGGAGCCCAGGCAGCAUGAUGGAGGCCUUCUUCUACAGCACCACCUCCUACCAGCCUGCCUGGCUCAAACACACCUUCCAUGAGAACUACGACGCCUACGGAGACCAUGGCUUGGUGUACAUCGACAGGAAGGACAGAGAGAUCCACUGAAGGAUCUGUAGCCUGGGUGCCAUCAUGCCACUCCUUGUUAUGAUAACAGCAGCAGGUCUGGGACCUGGCUAGAGGAUAGAUAGGCUGCUACACAGGAUAGCUUUUUAGACUUGGUACUGUUGUUUUUACUGUCCAGGGAUGUAAACUGCUGAGGGCCCUAAAAGGAGACACGUUGUUGUUGCACUGAAACAUGGAAUAAAUCCCUGCUCGGGGAAGUGCAGGUUUUAACUAAUUAAACAACAGAAUAUCA